GAGGCUCCAUCCUGUCCUGGCAAUGAGGCCCUUGUCCCAGGCUGCAGCCUCAAGGCCCUAUAUUGGGCCUGCGCCAGGAAUGACCCUGCACGGCUCCAAGCAGUGCUGGAUGGUGGAGUCACCCCAGAGGAGGCCACCCAGGUGGACAGCAAUGGGAGGACAGGCCUCAUGGUUGCCUGCUAUCACGGCUUCGAGAGCAUCGUGGCCCUGCUCAGCCGCUGCCCAUUCCUCGAUGUGAACCAGCAGGACAAAGAAGGGGACACAGCCCUCAUGCUGGCUGUCCAAGCAGGUCACGUUUCCCUGGUGAGUCUUCUGAUCAACUACUAUGCAGGCCUGGAUCUGGAGCGGCGGGACCAGCGGGGGCUCACGGCUCUGAUGAAGGCCGCCAUGCGGGACCGUGCUGAGUGUGCUGACCUGACCGCAGUGGACCCCGCUCGAAGCAAGACAGCCUUAGAGUGGGCUGUGCUGACAGACAGCUUCAACACCGUGUGCAGGAUCCGGAAGCUGCUGCGGCGGCCCCGAGCCGAGCAACUCAGCCAGCACUACCAGCCCGAAUGGCCAGCCUUGUCCAAGCUCGUGGCCCAGGCCCAGACUCCCCCCUCCCUGCUGGAGAGACUGCAAGCCACCUUGAGCUUCCCCUUCCCCCGGGAUCCUGAGGAGGGAGGUGUCAUGGAUCACUUUGUGACCAUCACAACCAGCCUGGCCAGUCCGUUCCUCACCACUGCCUGCCGUACACUGUGCCCUGAUUGCCCACCUGCACUUGGCACCCGGAGUAUGUCUGUACCAGAACUGUUAGGCACUGCCCCACCCCCUCCCCUGAACCCCCAGUCCUCCCCAGUAGUCCCUAGUCCCCGAGCCCUCAUCCCCUAUCAGAGGCCUCAGGGCAUGUUGAGCCUGUACCCUCAGUGGCUACGGCCUAGAGACAGUGCCAGUCCUCCAGCUCCUAAAAUCCUCCUCUCCAGGGCACCCUGGUCCUUCAGCUGUCACAGGCCUGACCCCAAGCCUGUAGGGCACCGCAGGUUGGCCCCUCCUGUCUGGCACUACCAGGAGCUCCGGAUGGAGAGAAAGAGACAGGAGGAAGAGGAGGCCUGA